AUGAUAGAGUCCGAUAUUGAUAACCACAAUAUAAUAAAAAAAAGAAAUAAAAAAGAAAUAGACGAUAAUAAUAAAAACAAUAAUGAUACUAAUAAUAAUAAAAUAAUAGAAGAAAAACCAAUAGUAUUAAAGAAAAAAAGACACCCACUUAUAACAACUCUUCGAUAUGUAGCAAUAUUUUUAAUAGUUUUCCUUUUAACCAGCGAUUAUUUUAUAAAGUUUGUCGAAGUAGAGGCAUCUUCAAAAUUCGACCCAAAUAUCAUUAAUCCCAAUACAUUGGAUCUUAAUAAACUAAAUCAAACAAAAGUAGCAUUUUCACCAAAUUAUUACGAAGUUUCAAGCGAGUAUUUAUAUAGCCUUUUAAAAAAUAAAACAUAUGACGUUGUUAAUCAAAACAAAGAAGAGAAGAAUAAAAAUAGUAAUAAAGAUAAUAAAAAAAAUAAUAGUAAUAAAGAAAACAAAGAUAAUAAUAAUAAUAAUAGUAAUUUAAAUACAGAAGAAACAAAAAAUAAAGAAAAAAUAGUUAUAGUUGAUGAAAAGGGUGAAGAAAUUAAAAAUGAAAAUAAUUUAGAAGAGGUUAUAAAUCAAACCAAUACAUAUUUAUUGUUUUUAUACCAUACGUCAUGUCCAUUCAGCCAAAGAUUAUUACCAAUAAUAGAAACCUUAUCUAGAACAUUCCCAAACAUAACAUUUUAUCAAGCACAGGGUUAUGCAAUUUUCUUAAAAUCUCAUUUUCAUACAAGAACCACUCCAACUCUUUUCAUUCAUCUAAAUGACACUUUGAUAAAAUACAAAGGAUCAAAGGAUUAUAAUUCAAUUACUAAAUGGAUAUCAGCUAACAGUGGUGGACAACCCGCUUUACCAAAUAUAGAGUUAAACCCAAAUAUUGAAAAGGCAGAGUUGUUUAGACCAGAAAGAGGCUAUAUGGUGUAUUUUAGUUGUUUUUAUGUAGUUUUUUUAAUUUUACUCUCUUUCUAUCGUAUAUUCAAGAGAAUACCAAAGUUAAAGAAUGAAUAA